AUGUCUGAGAAUGCUAAGCCUGAUCUCCGUCUGACAGUGAGCUUGGUAGUCAUUGCGUCUAUCAAGGGUCUGGAGAUAUAUCUUUGCGAUGCGCAUGGGCCGGAGCGGGCAGUCAAAAAACCAUUUUGGUACGAGGACAUUCGCCUAUCUGGCCAUAGACAUGCCUUGUCUUACUUGUCUAGUGUGUAA